GUGAUUGAAAGCGGUAAUAGCGAGAGCUGCGCUACUUCGUGACGUGUUUGUUUUAUUUUAAACUAUGGUUUCUGGCAUUCAAACUAUUGAUACUAACCAUGAAGAUAUGAUACAUGAUGCUCAGUUGGACUACUAUGGAACAACUCUAGCAACAGCUUCGUCUGAUCAUUCAGUUAAAAUAUUUGAUGUCCGUAACAAGAAACAAGUUCUUAUAGCUCACUUACGAGAUCAUCAAGGACCUGUUUGGAGUUUAAGUUGGUCCCAUCCUAUGUAUGGGAGUUUAUUGGCCUCUUGCGGUUAUGAUCGUAAGGUGAUUAUCUGGCAAGAAAUCAAUGGACGAUGGGGAAAAGUCUUUGAAUAUGCUGAACAUGCUAGUUCAGUCAAUUGCGUUUGUUGGGCUCCUCAUUCUUAUGGACUAAUGCUAGCAUGUGCCAGUUCAGAUGGGACAAUCUCUAUCCUUAUAUCGGACGAAACGAACUCUUGGCGUGCCUUUCGAAUCCCAGAAGCACACUCCGUUGGUGUUAAUAGCGUGUCUUGGGCACCCUCCAUAAAUGCUGAAUUUAUAUUCAAUCCCACGUUGGCAACAACAACAUCAACAAAUACUAUGAUUCCUCCUAUCAAAAGACUCGUUUCUGGUGGGUGUGAUUCUUUAAUUAAAAUAUGGCGUGAAGAUGUUUCUUCUGGAAAUCCAGAAUGGAUCGAAGAAACUCGUCUAGAUGGUCAUACCGAUUGGGUACGUGAUGUUGCUUGGUGUCCAAGCUUGAAUAUUUCACGGCAAUUAAUCGCUUCAUGUGGCCAAGAUGGAAGAUUAAUAAUUUGGCAAUCGACAGCUAAUAAUGAUAAUAAUAAUGAAAAUCGUAUGAUGAAUCGAUCGACAGCAGUAAAUGAUAAUAAUAAUGAUAAUAAAAACCCAAAUUCUAAUGAAUUAGUAGAAUCGAAAGAUUUCCAGUCUACACAAUAUUCCACAUUUUGGCGUCCAACCAUUUUGUAUACAUAUUCCGAUGUUGUUUGGAAUGUUUCGUGGUCUGUAACUGGGAAUAUUUUAGCGGUAUCUGGAGGAGAUAAUAAGGUUACACUUUGGAAGGAAAAUUUAGAAGGAACCUGGAUUGCUUUAAGUGAAAUUGCACGUGGUGUUCAUGAUGCAUCCGCUUUAAUUGGAACUGAAGGGAAUAGUCAAACAUCAGAUCAAUCUACAACACAAUUGGCUGCUGCUUAACAGUUACCUAAUAGGAUCUGUGGGCGUGUGUGUAUACAUGCAUGUACUUAUGUAUAUGUAUUCGUGUGUCAAUGCUCUUGAUUCUUUGUCCUGUACACAACUGGUUCAUCAUUGUUUUUAUUUCACAUUGCAGUCUAUACCUUCUGCCUUUCUGUGCUUCCACUGUUAAUGUAGUAAUAAUAUAAGUGAAGAUGAUUCAUUAUUAUAUUUAGUUAAAGCGUUUGCUGUUAACAUUUAUAUGUUGAAUGAAUAGUUAUUAUUCACUUUGGGAAAUUCUUCGGAAAUUUGUACGACUAUUUCUAAUUACUUCUUUCAAAGGAAAUAAAUAUUCAGCCAAAAACGUUCAUAUUUAUUUUAAACAUGUGUUCCACUUUUUUUCAUCUUGAAACUAACUAACAUAGAUACGUACAUAUGUAUUUAUGAGAAAUUACAUUGUGCUCAAAUUGC